AUGGGAGCCGCUGUCCUCUGCCUGCUGCUGGCUGCCUGUCUAUGUGAGCAGGUCGUCGGAGGUGACCCGUCCUUCAACAUUGACUAUGUCAAGAGACUGCUUCCUGAAAGAUGGGAAGUGCUUCCGUUACAUUUCUGGGAGCAUCCACUACUUCCGAGUGCCACCCGUCUACUGGAAGGACCGCCUGCUGAAGAUGUACAUGACAGGACUCAAUGCCGUUCAGGUAUAUGUGCCCUGGAAUUUCCAUGAACCUCAGCCCGGGAUGUUUAAUUUUGAGGGAGAACGUGAUCUGGAGCGUUUUUUGAACCUGACUGUGGAACUUGGCCUGCUCGUCAUCCUGAGGCCUGGACCUUACAUCUGUGCAGAGUGGGACAUGGGGGGACUCCCAGCCUGGCUCCUGUAUAAGAAGGACAUCGCUCUGCGGACCUCCGAUCCAGAUUACUUAAAAGCUGUGGACUCCUGGCUAUCCGUCCUGCUCCCCAAAAUCCAGCCACGCCUGUACAGCAAUGGAGGAAACAUCAUCAGUGUCCAGGUGGAAAACGAGUAUGGCAGCUUUCAUGCAUGUGAUUAUAGCUACCUGCGCCAUCUUUUAACCAUCUUCCGACUCUACCUGGGCGAUGAUGUUGUUCUGUUCACAACCGAUGGCAACAGCAACAUAGAGCUCAGGUGUGGGACCUUGCAGGGGCUCCUUGCCACUGUGGACUUUGGACCAGGGGACAAUGCUACAAAUGCCUUUGAAUUACUGCGAAGAGUGCAGCCCCAAGGACCUCUGGUCAAUUCCGAGUAUUACACCGGCUGGUUAGAUUAUUGGGGGGAGAAACACGCUAGCAGCUCAGCUGAACAAGUGAGCCGUGGUCUACAGAACAUUCUGGAAGCUGGAGCCAGUGUCAAUAUGUACAUGUUUGAAGGAGGCACCAACUUUUUGGCUACUGGAAUGGCGCUGACUUCAAGAAUACAUACAAGCCGAUUACAACGAGCUACGAUUAUGACGCACCUCUGACAGAAGCGGGAGACCCCACCGAUAAAUUAUUGGCAAUCCGCUCGGUGAUUAGCAAGUUCCAGUCCGUUCCAGAAGGACCCUUUCCUCCCCCCACUCCUAAAUAUUACUAUGGUUUAGUCUCUCUGAAUAAGAUCGGUGAUCUUGUGGACCUUUUAGAUGUUUUCUCAAGGGGCGACCCUUUUGUAACCCAAUACCCCAUUACCUUUGAGGAUAUGAAACAGGUUUUUGGAUUUGUGUUGUAUAGGACCAGACUACCCUCAGACAUCCCGAUCCUCACUCCUCUUUCAUCGCAAGUUAAUGGCGUCCAUGACCGAGCAUACAUUUCAGUUGGCGGGCGAUUCUGCGGUGUGCUGGAGAGAGACAGCCUCAGGGAUGUUAACGUGACGGGGAUCGCAGGAGAAUGGCUGGAUGUUCUGGUGGAAAAUAUGGGAAGGAUCAAUUUUGGGGCAGACGGGCAUGACUUCAAGGGUUUGGUGGGAAACCUGACUCUGGGGGGAGACAUCCUCAGACAUUGGGUGGUCUACUCACUUGAUAUAGAUGGCCCAAUUGCAGCGGGCUGGCCACACGCCCCAGAUAAUCACAUCAGGAUGAAUGCGAAUUUGCCGAACAGAACUAGUCCGACCUUCUACAGCGGAACGUUUCAAAUUGGUGCAGUGGGAGACACGUUCCUAAAACUACCCAAAUGGACAAAGGGACAGGUUUGGAUAAACGGCUUCAACAUUGGGCGAUACUGGCCAGCUCGAGGGCCACAGAUCACCCUGUAUGUGCCCAGCAAUCUUCUGAGCGUGUCGCAACUGAAUCACAUUAUCAUACUGGAAUUGGAACAUGUUCCGGAUUGGCCUAGGGCCAUCUUUCUUGACUGGCCUAUACUGAAUGGCACUUUAUCAUCCACUGAGGUUCAUCAUCAAGAUUCAACGGCACAAAAUAAAACUGUAUUAUAA